AUGUACAUAUAUAUAGGUAUUGAGAUAUAUUGUGCUCCUACAGCCGAUUCCGGGGAUACAUGGGUGGCUACAAUGAGACACAUUGCUAUUGAGGGUGGAUGCUAUGUUCUUUCACCCAUCCAGUUCUGUCGGAGGAAAGAUUACCCACCUCCACCUAAGUAUCUUUACAGUCCUACAGAAGAAUAUGUCACUCCAGAUUCUAUUGUUUGGGCUGGAGGUAGUGUCAUCAUUUCGCCCCAUGGUGAAAUUCUAGCAGGACUGAAUUACGAAGGAGAAGGCCUCUUCACAGCUGAUCUUGAUGUUCGUGGAGAGAUUCCUAAAGCAAAGUUCCAGUUCGAUGUGGUAGGACAUUAUUCGAGAGCUGAUGUGCUAAGCCUCACUGUGAACAAUCGUCCACUGCUUCCUGUUACUUCACAUCCUCACCAUCUAAAAUCAAAGACGAUGAUGAUGAGAUGGAUGUUAUUUUCACAUCCUCACUGUGAACAAUCGUCCUCCUUCAAUAAUUUGUAUGAUUUUCCAAAAAAGCUUGUAAGAAGCCGAGAUGCCAUGUUUAUGGAAGAUCAUACCAUACAGGACAUUGAGAAGACUGAUGUAACAGAGUUUCAGUAUGGUGAUAAUUUGAUUGACUUUAAUCCAAUUCCUUUUACACAUCUUCCUACACAGGUUGAAGAUGAAGCACAUGAUGACCAACCUAACAUUGGUGAUGUUGAAACUCCCACACAAGUUGAGAUGGAUGAUGAUGUUCAUGAGCAGUCACCAAUAGCAGAGGUUCCACUAGAUAUUCCACUCAGGAGGUCUACUAGAGACUAA